AUGGACAACAACAAGCAGGACCAUCACAACCAAAUGGAGAGGCACAAGAAAAUAGACCACCAUUAUCACAUGGACAAACACAACCUGCAGGACAAUCACAACCAAUUAACUACCCACAACCCAAUGGAGAGUUACAAGAAAAUAGACCACCACUAUCACAUGGACAACCACAACAAGCAGGACCAUCACAACCAAUUAACUACCCACAACCCAAUGGAGAGUUACAAGAAAAUAGACCACCACUAUCACAUGGACAACCACAACAAGCAGGACCAUCACAACCAGUUAACUACCCACAACCAAAUGGAGAGGCACAAGAAAAUAGACCACCACUAUCACAUGGACAACCACAACCAGCAGGACCAUCACAACCAAUUAACUACCCACAACAAAAUGGAGAGGCACAAGAAAAUAGACCACCACUAUCUCAUGGACAACCACAACCAGCAGGACCAUCACAACCAUUUAACUACCCACAACCAAAUGGAGUAG